GUGAAGUAACAUCAUCGGUUAGCCUUCGACUUGACCUGUGACUCUCUGGUAGUGGUUCUGCUUCCUCCUGUGUGUCCUGCUCCUUUCUGUGAUCGUUUCGAACACGGUGCCGCUUAUCACGUACAUGCAAAAACACCCAUACAAACAGACUCUAAGGGCGGCGGCGUUGGCGAAAGGAUCGUUUUCCGGUCUGUUUUGCUGUCGGGUGGUGAAGAACCAGUGAAAAGAAGUAAAAAGUGUUAUUCAUUUACCCGCACCGGUUCGCAUCAUUGGCAUCAACUUCGGAGGUGAUGGACGAAUUAGAAAACCAAAAGAAACAUUAAAAUAAAGUCUGCACGGGUUGGCGAACAAGAAGAAGGCGAGAAACUUGCAGCCGAACCAAAUUCUAAGUAUUUUCUUCCAAUGUUACGAACAUCUGCCAUCCACCUCGAGAUUUCAAAAGCGAAAAAGAAGCAUUCUGUGUGAAGAACGGUUGUGUCCUGUGCGGUCUGGAUAACCGGGCGCUGGUGUAUUUCGCGCAGUGCGUGUGCAUAUCCGUGUGUUGUGUGCGUGUGUCUGUAUUCGGUUGUGUAGUGCCGGAAAUCGGUAUACUUCGAGCGGCCCUUGGAGUAGCUCCUCGUGUGUCCCGUGGAACCACCGUUGCAAGCCAGCAAGUAAAGCAUAUGACCAACGAAGGAUACAAAGGGCAGAAUGAAAUGAAGCAACAGCAGUGAGAUGUCGGAAAAAAUGUUGAACCAAACCGAGGGAAAAGUUUUGCAAUAACGCUAGUGGAGAGCAGUGGAAACAAUCGUACCCUGUACGAACUAUACAUAGCAGGAGGCUGGGGAGUGUGACUUCCAUGGUGAUUGCGCUUUACUUUUCCAUCCACCGUUUCCCUAUGGUUGCUAUUUCGCUGUGGUUCGUUUGAAAGUGUUCAACGACACGUCAGUGGCAGCGAUUCGUGGGCAACAAUUCACGAAUUCACGGAUCUUCUCGGCUAAAGGUCAUCGGAGAAGUGUUCCCGCACGCAGCAAUUCGUCAAUAGAAGCUGCGUUGGCACUUUGGUCGUCAUAUAAUCUCGUGGUGGUUGUAUUACCAUGCAGUCGCGGCUGUGUUCAACCUAACCUCGAAGCUUGGGAAAGGAUUCGAAGGAGAGAUAGAGCGAACGAGCGCGAGAAAGUGACGGGAAGCAACCGGCACCACUUGCAGCGGAUACUACUGACACCGGACGACGUCAGGACGAUUGGUUUUUGCACUGCAUCAUCAUUGUCAUCGUCAUUUGUGGCACCAGCAGCAUCAUCAUUCGGACCGGUUUGCCUGUGUUAGUACAGCAGGAUUGGGCUGGACACGCGGACAACGCCGUUCGUAGAAGCGGUACGAAGCCAGCCGAGGAAGCAGUACUUCAUCCAGUGUGGAUCCUGUUGUCUAGAAGCAGCAUCGUCGUUCGUUAUCAUCCUUCCGUUUAUUCGUGACUCGUGAUUGUGUGUGUUUGUGUGUGAGUAUCGCGUGUGUUUUUGGGCGAAAGACGAACACCAACGAUCGCUCUCUCCUUUUGGCCGGCUUCACACGGAACGCCGACUCGGUGGUAGUAGCUCCACCACCAACGACAAACCAGAGACUACGGCUUACAAAACUCCGCGAGAGUCUGUGGAGCAGACAGUGCCAAACACACACACAAACACACUGCUAAAGGGCGACCGUGCCGGGAGAGCAGCAGCAGUAGUAGCAGGACUUUUGCGAGCCACCCGAACGUACACCCGAACCGAAGGAGGAAUGCCUUCCCUGCAACAGACCAGCUUCAAAGAUUUUCCCAGCCCGGACAUCGCCAGAUCGAUGACGGGGCCAGACAUUCUGCAGAAGCAUUCCAUCAACUCGCUGCUGCUGGAGCACAAUGAGAUCAUCUCCCGGGGUCUUCCGUCGCCGAUCGAAGAUAACAUGUCACUGACGAAUCUGCUGGGCGGCUCGCAGUCGUCGUCGCCGACCUCCAUUGCUUCCUCGCUGGCUACGAACUCGUCUGCCAAAAGUGGCACCAACCAUCUGCCCCAGCUGCAUCUCCACAGCCUUCACCACCUGCAGCAGUCUCAGCAUCAGCAACACCAGCAGCAACAGCACCUUUCGCACCACUCCUCGAUCGGACCGUUCACGUCCUCGCUCGGUGGCUCGGGGGCGAUGGGUUGCGAGGCCAGCAACAUUCUGAGCCCCUCCAGCUCCGGGGCGAACAGUGCGGUGGGGGGUUGUGCCAGCAACAGCUCCGGGGGCGGCGGUUGUGGCUCCGGAAGCAGCGGAUCGGUGUCCUCGAAUCCGUUCACCUUCUCGAGCCUACGCAUUCCGAGCCCCUCGCUGCACUCACCGGACCUGAUGACCGCCGGGAGCCUGCUGGGCGGUGGGAUCAUGGGCAGCAACCACAGCAGCAGUACGGCCAGCAACACUAGCAGCAGCAGCACCAGCAGCGGGGUCAGCUGCGGCGGAGGCAGCGGCCAGUCGCCGACAGCACACCCGUACUUCCCGAACUUGCUGCAAUCGAGCGGCGGAAGCGGCGACGAGGCGGUGUCCGUUGGAAUGGUUAGCGCGUACGACGAGUUCGGGUUCGACAACGAUUUGGUGUUGGGCAGCGGUUCCGGUGGCCUUGUCUCCGCGAACGGCUUAACCACCGAGACGCUAAAACUUCGACGACGAAACAUCAGUUUCGAUUGCUCCUCACCGACUACCGGCACGUCCUCGCCGGGCGAAGGCACCCCACCAUCGUUGACACUCUGCACUUCGCGGAACUUCCGGAACGGCGGCGGCAUUUCGCAGCAACAAGCUGCGAACGGAACCGUACCGUCGUUCGACCAUGGCGGUGGCAACGUCGGCAACAACAAUUCGCUGGGGGGUUUCGAGCAAAGCCACACGGGUGCGGCCAGCGGCACCAGUGCGAACGGGGGGUCUCUGUCCCUGUUCGGUACGGGUAACGGUUCGCUAUCCCCGUCCCAUUCAACACCGGACCACACGGACACCAGCAACUUGCUGACGAGCCUUGAGACCAAUAGCAUUCUGGAAAUGCUUAGCUAUCUUACUCUCAACCAGAGUACGACCACCGGUAACAACGCGUUUGCUCAAUCGCAACAGCAGCAGCAUCAACAACAACAACAACAACAACAGCAGCAACAACAGCAACACCAUCAGUCUCAGCAGUCGAAUCCAUUUUCGCCCUUUUCAACACUCAACUCGCUGUUUCAACAGCAGCAACAAUACCAACAGGCAACACCCAGCCCGGGAUCGACAUCGUUCGGCGCCGGUACCGGAUCAGCUUCGACGGGCCUGAACCUCGGCAACGGUUGUCCCAGUGACUAUGAACGUCUGCAGAGCCUCCAGGCCUUCAAUACGCUCAGUACGCGCCUGCUGCAGCAAUCCCAGCAGCUGUCGCAGCUACAGCAGUAUCAGUACAACCAAUCGUUGCUUCCAUCCGGUGGAGGUGGUGGCCUCUACGGCACUGGCGGUUCUAACGCUAGCGGAACCAACGGGGGACUAACGGCCAGUUCCGCCGGUUCGAUCAGUAACAAUAAUGGCAAUACGAGCAGCAACAACGCUGGUACCCACCAGCAGCUGAAAGGAGGUUGGUCCACGCAGCAACACCAUCAGCAACAUCACCACCAACAGCAACAGCAGCAGCAGCAGCAACAACAGCAACAACAGCAACAGCAGCUGCUUGAGAUGCAGCAUUUCCAUCAGCAGCAACAGUCGAACCGAGGAGCAGCUUCGUCGUCGUUGAACGGAAACGGUGCAGGAGGCGGUGGUGGCAGCAACAAUGGAUACUCGGAUAUAAACCUGGAUCGCAUCGCACGAUUCCACCGGUCUUCGGCGGCCCACUAUGAUGCCACGUGCACCUGGUGCGGCGAUUUGCCACCUCGCUCGAACCGUUUGGUGACCUACUCGUCGAAAAUAUUCCUCGGAGGGAUGCCUUGGGACAUUAGCGAACAGUCGCUGGUGCAGAUCUUCAAACCGUUCGGUUCAAUCAAAGUCGAAUGGCCUGGUAAGGAACAGCAAGCAACCCAACCGAAGGGCUACGUGUACGUCAUCUUCGAAUCGGACAAGCAGGUUAAAGCAUUGCUGCAGGCGUGCACCUACACCAUUCCCAACGGUGGUGGUUCAUCUGGUGGCCACGGCGGUGGUUCCGGCUACGGGUCGAACCGUUCCGGCUUGCACGGUGCUUCGUCGUCCAACUCGCUGAACAAUUAUGGUUCCAGCGGGGAGGAUCAAGGCUGCUCUGCCCUGGUGCCGAUGUCCAACUUGAGCAAGGCACAGGUCGCUCCGCAAGGGGCAAAGAUCAACUUCAAAAUAUCGUCCAAGCGCAUCAAGUCGAAGGACGUCGAGGUGAUCCCGUGGAACAUUGCGGACUCGAACUACGUCAAGUCGACCUCGCAGAAGCUCGACCCGACGAAGACCGUAUUCGUCGGUGCCCUGCACGGUCAGCUGACGGCCGAGGGCCUGGCGAAGAUCAUGAACGAUCUGUUCGACGGGGUCGUGUACGUCGGCAUCGACACGGACAAGUACAAGUACCCGCUCGGGUCGGCGCGCGUCACGUUCAACAACUCGCGCUCGUACAUGAAGGCGGUGGUGGCAGCAUUCAUCGAGAUCCGGACGGCCAAGUUCACCAAGAAGCUGCAGGUGGACCCGUACCUGGAGGAUUCCCUCUGCUCAACGUGUGCGGUACAACACGGACCAUACUUUUGCCGCGAGACCAAUUGCUUCAGAUACUAUUGUCGUUCUUGCUGGCAGUAUCAGCACAGCCAAGAUCCGCACAUGCAGAACCACAAACCGCUGACGCGCAAUUCCAAGUUCACCGCCAUCAUCGGUGUCGGUCCGCAGCAGCAGCAGCAGCAGCACCAGCAGCAUUCCCAAGGAUCCAACUCCGGUGGAGCAAUCCUGUCCAAUCACCAAUCCCAGCAGCAGAACGCUUAUGAUCACAGCUCGUACUACAAUCAUCAUCACCAACAUCAUCAUCAUCAUAGCGGUGGCGGAAGCAACCAUUCGGGUGGAUCAAACUCCAACGCCGGGGGUGCAUCGCACAAUCAGUAUCAUCACAACAACAGUAACAAUAGCCACAACCACACGAGCAGCAACAACAAUCAUCACCAUCAUCAGCAACAAUAUCAAGGCAGCAGUCGUUUAACUAGUUUGCAACAGCACAACCUCCGCACGCUCUCAAAGUCACCCACGCCACCGAUGUGCAACGGCAAUGGGCAAACGAACAGCAGCAGCACCGGCAGCAACGCCAGCAGCAACAGCAGCAGUCCGAUCAGCAACAUCAGUCCCAGCAGCAGCAGCACCAACAGUAGCAACCUUAAUGUUGGUGCAAGUGCUAUGGUUGAUUCUUCGUCGCACAACAUGUCCUCUUGUGCAGCAUCGCGUAAUCUGCACUUUAUCGGAAGUGCUAACAACAUUGGUGGUGGCAGUGGGGGUGCUGCUGGCUCCGGUUCCGACGGUAAUGGUGGUGGUGGAGGUGCUUCAAGGUUGGUCCUUUAAGUGAACGCAUCCUUUCUCUCAGUUCUGGGUUCACUGACGAUGUUCGAUCUGCUAAUUGCUUCUCAACUUUACUUUAAUUUCGUCUUUUUCAAAUCUUUAUUCUAUAAUGGAAUACGUACCGAUUGCAGCAAAACUUUCACAUUUAGGAUUAGCUUGUUUUUGUAGUUUAUUCUUGGUCACCAUGCUAAUUCCAUCCCAGUUUGGGUGGUUACUUGAGUGUUUGAACUUGAAUUACCGCUAGCUUGCUGAAGCUAGGUGAAUUUUAGUUGCUACGGCGCUGAACGUCUAAUGUCGAAUGGUGCCCUAAUGCAUUGCCAACGGUUACUUACUUCCUUCCGAACCCUGCUCAUUCUACGUAUCCCCCUCGAUGGUGCAACUUUAGAAAAAACUUCCUCAUCCAUGUACGCCCGUAAAACAGAUGAUUGAUGUUGGAAACGAAUUUCCUUGGACGAAAUUUACAGUUUACCAAACAUCGUGCGAAGUUGUCUCGAGCGUGUAGUGAGGAAGUUCCGCGCUUUUUUUCCAUUUUGAGUUUAAAGUUUGUGUUUUAUAGCAUAUCGCGUUGAAUCGCUUCGAUUCGCGAUGUUGGGAGGAUCAUUUCAGUAACGUUAAAUUCGUUAAUUUUACCCAAUAGUGUUUUAGUACGUUACUCACCGCUAGCUCAUCGUCAUGACUAUUGCCGCGUUUAAGUUAACGCAAUCAACAGUGGUACAGUGUCCUGCUGAUGGAAGAGCUGAGUGUCCUUCGAAGAGGCAUACCUUUUCCCUCUCUCUCUCUUGUAAUCCCGGAUACUGUUCCAUAGCAUAAAGAGUGUGCACGCAGCACGAACGCAAACACACUCGAAAGCCAUGGCGAAAUGAUCCUCCACAGCGAAGCAAAAUUCUAACCUUUUUCUUUUAACUGAGCACCAAUUGGUUUUAUUAGCAGCACUUUGCUGAAGAAUUUGUUUAAAAAAAGUCAUAUAUUGCGUAAGGCGUGUUUCGGGAAUUGGGAAGUAAGUAACCGGCGCGACUGCCUUUUCAAAACCAUCAAACGAUUUUUUUUUCGUUUUCCAUCAGCUCUAGCAGUCUUAGCUCAUUACGUACAUUUGGAAGAUCGGUUUGUUUCCUAUUUUUUCAUCUCUCUACCACCACCACCUACCACUUACGUUCUGGGGCCGGAGCGCCAGCACGAGACACUACCCAGACACUGCAAAACAAAAAAAACCCCACAAAUGAUCGAUCUUCAUAGGAAGCUUUCAGACAAAAUCCAUGCUGAUCACUUUUUAAAGCGCACGUGUCACAGCCGACUGAAGCUUUUUUUGGUUUGCACAGUAAUCCCAGCGACAACAUCCGCUAGACGGGGAACAGUUGAGCGGUUCUAAAUUUCGAACGCCGAAUCUGUUGAACUUUUUCUGGGGACAGUUGAUUGCUGUUUGUCAUUAGUUUUAAACAACACCCACUGGCCUUUUCUUAAACGGAUAAACAUACGGUUGGCACGAUUUUAGACACAGGCAGAGUCAAGAACGCUUCGUAGGGCGCCACGCGGCGACAUGUUUUAAGCGAGGGAUGUAAAAAAGGAUACAGGGGAAAACGCACGCCUGGGAAACCUGAUGACGUGCGUGAAUGCCUUUCGAUUGUUUGCUGUUUUAAAA